UCGUUCAGCCUAUCCAAACGUGCGGUAGCCGCCAGCCAGAGUCGUGCGUAGCUUCGGCCGAGUUUAGCUACUUGUCCGAAGUUGUAACAAGUUUCUGCUCCAUAGCGGACGUAGGAAUUGUGCCGUGUAAAGUGGAUUUUAAAAUAUAAAAUUAAAGGUGAAUUUAGUGUAUUACAAUAAUCUUAUUUGUAAAAGAUUUACAAUCGACGCUUAGAGACAAUAGGUAGUGAAGAAUCUUCGAAAAGCUUUGAUUCAAGAUGCCAAGAUAGGCAGGGAUAUUUCAAACAACAGAAAGUCUCAAAAACAUGGAAAAAAUGAUAAAUAAGAAUCUCAUCACCUUAAAAUGCGUCCUCUUCUGUUUUCUCUCAGGGGUGGGCUGCAUUUUUCCCUUUCUUCCGCUGCACAUGCUUUCAGUGGGAUUGGAUAAAGGCGAAGCUCGUUUGAUUUCUGCUGUUUCACCAUGCAUCGCUUUGCUAGGUCCAGCUAUAGUGGGACCACUUAUCGACAAAUUAUCAGUAGGCAGGGGAUCGACGGGCGGAAGCGCUGGUAGCAGCGGAUCAGGUCGACUACUGCGCAUCGUAACAGCAACAUGCCUUAUACUCAGUACUAUCUUCUAUUCUUUACUUCUCACUGUACCAUACACGGAAAGACAUGAGGCUCGUCGGCCUCAAGUUCUGUUCAUGUGUAAUGCGGACAGCGCGUAUGUGAUGCAAGAAGUUUGCAAAGAGGACAUGCGUUGCAAUCGUUGGUCAGGUGAGAAGUCAGGAGUACUAGCAGUUGGAUCUUGUGAAUACGGCUGCGCUGAUCCGAACAUGACUUGGAUCCGCCAGCCAUUCACCACCACGUCGACAACCACUACGUUAAGACCCAUGUACAACACACUGGUUAACGCUUCGGCACAGACAAAUGGCUCCGUUGACGAAGCCGCUCGUGAGAAAACUCACUUCGAUUUAAACCCGCCUCACCUGUGUUACAACGGUGAAUGUAAUGUCUACAUGCAACAUGUCGCACGUCUGCGUAUCCCGUUGUCCUUGAUCGCGCCGGAUCCGCCCGAGGACAACUCUACUGCUGACUCUAACUGGUGCACUUAUCAAACAGCUGGUCCAUCGAAGUGCUUGGUUCCGCCAGAACGAUUAGCUGAGAUGAACCAAGACGAUGAUUGCACCCCGGCAGUUAGGUGUCAAGUCCUUGACCCAUACGAUGAACCUGAUGGUGUCUUAGCGGAUGCUGAAUGUAGACUUGUAAUAGGAGAUCCAACUUCAUCAUUUUGGGCCUAUUUUAUUCUCAGAUCUAUCGCAGACAUAUGGCCGACUGCCGCAUUAGCUCUACUCAGUACAGCGUGUGUGAUAGCAACUCGCGAGACCUCGUUAGGUCGAGGUGACGUUGGCAGACAAAUCGCCUUCGGUACACUGGGACUGGCUAUCUUCCCGCCGCUGGCCGGACUAGCCGCUGAUCAAAUGCCCGACACCCCAUAUCUUGUUCCGUUUAUUCUACACGCAAUCUUCAUGAUAUUGGCUGCCUUAAUAUUAGUAUUUGACAGUCACAUGCCACUAUCGACGCCGGAAUGGUGGUGGCACACGGCGACAGGAGUGUUGGCCCUGCCCAUGAAUGUGGUGCGCCGGUAUGGAGCCGAGACUGCUGCAGUUUUUGUUGUGGUAGCUCUACUGGGCAUUCUGUGGAGCGGCAUCGACGCAUAUCUUCCGUGGACCGUUGAGGAGAUGAACGGCACAUAUACUGAAGUGGGGUUGACGCUGACCGCGGGCGCACUUCCAGCCGUGCCGGCGCUCUGGUGGGCCGAAGCACUUGUAGACUACAUUGGACACUCCAAUGUAUUCAUCUUAGCUUUUACAUUUUACGGACUUCGAUACACUGGUUUGGCUAGCAGUAACGAAUACAGUUUGGUGGCAGUCUGUGAAAUUUUGGAAGUGUUUACACUUAGUUUGGUUUGGGUGACUGCAAUACUAUAUUUCCGUCACUUGAUUCCUCGCAAGUACACUACUACAGGACAAGCACUACCAGUCAUCGCUCAUUUCUGUUUAGGACGCUGCAUUGGAGCUAUUAUUAGUGGGAUGGUGUCGUUACAGCUGCAAUCUGCCCGUGUAACGUACGAAGCCCUUGGUGUAGUUUCCUUGUUGGUAGCUGCUAUAUAUUUGACACUCUAUCAUUUGUUACUUGCUCCGCGAUGUGCAGCUCAAGCAGUCUCUCCGCCUCAACAUUUAUUACAGGGACUAAAUACCAACGGAGCAUCGAAUGGUACAUAUUCUCCGAUGCGGGUCUACCAUGAGGAGAGAUCGCGCAAAGGACACUUCCGUUACUAAGUCACUACUAGUACUACACUAUAUACCUACCUACUCUAUAACACAGUAAAAAAAAUCGGUUGUCUGUAAAGUCGGUUUACUGACGAUAGUUGAACGUGACAACGUCAUAAGAAAA